AUGGUGGUUUGCAGAGGCGAGUUAUGGGGAGGUCAUGUAGUGGUAUAUUGGUUGGUAGCAGUGAGCUUGAUGAUUUGCAGCACUAGUGUUAGAAAUGUCGAGUGUAGGCACAUUCCUCAACACCGUAAAAUAGUCUCUGACUAUCAGCCACCAUAUAACUAUGAAUUUCCAUGGAUGGUAUUACUUACAUAUCCACCACCCUUCUAUACAAAUGCUUCGCUGCUACCUCCUCCUGGCACAUUCUUCUUACCAUCCCUUCCACAAGUUCUCUCGCAAAUCCCAAAAAUAUCCUUCUUACCAUUCCCUCCACCACCAUAUAAGAAUGAAAUUCCAUGGAUGGUGAUACUUGCAUAUCCACCACCCUUCUAUACAAAUGCUCCGCUGCUACCUCUUCCAGUCACAUUCUUCUUCCCAUCCUCUCCACCACCUCUCCUCUCACAAAUCCCCACAUCCGCCCCACUGCCGCCACAACCUCUGCUCUAA